AUGGGAAUUAGGAUCCUGAGGUUAGAGCCCAAGCAUUUUGACAAGUCUCCAGAAUUUACUAUUUUUUCCUCCUUAGGUUUAGCUGACAGAUUUGAAGAAUACCCUAAACUUAGGGAACUCAUCAGACUAAAGGAUGAGUUAAUAGCUAAAUCAAAUACUCCUCCUAUGUACUUACAAGCAGAUAUAGAAGCGUUUGACAUCAGAGAAUUGACACCCAAAUUUGAUGUGAUUCUUCUGGAGCCUCCUUUGGAAGAGUACUACAGAGAGACUGGCAUCACUGCGAAUGAGAAGUGCUGGACGUGGGAUGAUAUUAUGAAGUUAGAAAUCGAUGAGAUCGCAGCACCUCGGUCAUUUAUCUUCCUCUGGUGCGGCUCUGGGGAAGGACUGGACCUGGGGAGAGUAUGUUUGCGAAAGUGGGGAUACAGAAGGUGUGAAGAUAUUUGUUGGAUUAAAACCAAUAAAAACAAUCCUGGAAAGACGAAGACUCUAGAUCCAAAGGCAGUUUUCCAGAGAACAAAGGAACAUUGCCUUAUGGGGAUCAAAGGAACUGUGAAGCGCAGCACAGAUGGGGACUUCAUUCAUGCUAAUGUUGACAUUGACUUAAUUAUCACAGAAGAACCUGAAAUUGGCAAUAUAGAAAAACCUGUAGAAAUUUUUCAUAUAAUAGAGCAUUUCUGUCUUGGAAGAAGGCGUCUACAUCUGUUUGGGAGAGACAGUACUAUCAGGCCAGGCUGGCUCACAGUUGGACCAACGCUUACAAAUAGUAACUACAAUGCAGAAACAUAUGCGUCCUAUUUCAGUGCCCCUAAUUCGUACUUGACUGGCUGCACAGAGGAAAUCGAGAGGCUUAGACCCAAGUCGCCUCCUCCUAAGUCCAAGUCUGACCGAGGCGGUGGAGCUCCCAGAGGUGGAGGACGAGGGGGAACGUCUGCUGGCCGCGGUCGGGAAAGAAAUCGAUCCAAUUUCCGAGGAGAAAGAGGUGGCUUUAGGGGGGGUCGUGGAGGCACACACAGAGGGGGCUUUCCACCUCGGUAACUUUUAAAGACACUUAACAAUGUCCCUUAUGAUCUUUGUUUUGGAGACUUGCUUUAGAACUCACUCCCAGCUUGCAUUUGGCUUUAGUUUCUCAUGCUGCCAGAAAGGUCAGAGCCACCCUUACCCCCACCCCCUAGGUCCUUGCAGUUGUCACAGAGACUGCACUUCUGCUCUGGAUAGGUGAGUCUCGGACGUGCAGUAGCACAGAUUGUAACACUCAGACACUGACAUGACUGGUUUCAGCUAAGGCUCUGGCUUCUUGGAAAUACAUGAGCAGCAGUUUCUGCAUCCCUGAGGAGCAUGGCAGGAGUUGGUGCCGUGUUUCCUUGCCACAGCUGAAACAGCAACAGGAGAAUGGGAACCUGGGUAGAAUAGAAUUGAGAGGUGGUCAGCCUCUUUGGGCCUUAAACAUUUUCUUGCUGAAACACUAAAAAGACAGACCAUUUUCCUCUUACGUUUCAAUUCUGAAAAAUAACAUGAAGUAUCAUUUGAGUACUGAAGACUUGGAGAAAUGAAAUGGUAUCACUUCCUUCCAGAUCUGACUCUGAGGGGCUGGAGCCCUCAGGGUAGGUAAAGGAAGAGGUAGAGCUUACUAGAUUUAAAAACAAAACCCAAAGCUUAUAAUGUAAAUUGUGCGACUACAGAGGAGACAUAAUCAUGCUUCUUAAGAAGCAAGGGAAGGUAGGGCUGUGAUGUGGACUUGGACUGACCUUCUAAGACAAUUCGUAUUUCUUAGCAAAGAUCAAAACAGACUUUCUGGGGGGGAGGGCACAGUUUAAAUUUUUUAGAAAAUAAAUGCUUGAUGAUGAAGAAAUGGCAUCCUUGAAGUUGUUACUGAAAAAAUUUAGGUAAAAGCAAAUACAGAAAACCCUCAAGGAUACAGCUUGGAAGAUGAAACUGCAGUUGCCUUUUAUUAGACUGUGGUGCAGAAGUCUCCAUGGGGCUGGUGGUCAGAUCUCUUGGCUGUAGAAAGCAUCAUGCUGUUGUCUUUCUACACCUUAACUCAUAUUUGAAUGGAUGUGGAUAUGCCAGAUGAGAUGAUUUUAACAUUAUUGUUCUUGGUAACUCCUUUUUUAUUUUGCUUUACCUUUUCUAAUAAAACUUUAAACCUUUGAAAUUA